UCUCUUGCAUGUGUUGUACAAUAAUCUAUAUACUAUAGUUAAGUAGCAAAUAAAUUAAAAUGGAAGGCAUGAUAUCGAUGAAGGGAAAAGGGAAAAAGAAAGGUCUAUUGAGCAAAACAUGGGAGCGAUGUAAGUCCGUAGGAAGAGGACGCAAGGGUUCAUCCUCAUCCAAGGCGGCUAUUGCUUCCCUUUCUCUGACAACAACAACAACAAGGAGCAAAUCGUGGCCAAGCCAUGAUCAGGAGGAAGAAGAAAAGCGAGGAAAGAAAGGGAGAGGGAGAAGUGUGGCCCCACAAGGUUGCUUCUCGGUGUAUGUUGGGCCACAAAUGCAAAGGUUCGUGAUCAAAACUGAAUACGCAAACCACCCUUUGUUCAAGAUGUUGCUGGAAGAAGCAGAGUCAGAAUAUGGUUAUAGCAGCCAAGGCCCUUUGGCACUUCCUUGCAACGUUGAUCUAUUUUACAAGGUGUUGAUGGAAAUGGAUGAUGAAGCCACUGCUACUACUACUACUCAACAAACUCAUCGAGGCUGUGCUAAUUUUGGGAAGCGUUCUCGUUCUUAUCAUCUUCUUAGCCCUUCGCGGAUGCUUGCCAUCAACCCCUUCUGA